AUGAAGCUUCUACUCCGUUUGACGUUUUUUAUAGCAGCAUCAUGUGUCCUUAGUUUUGCCUCAGCAGAUCAAAGGAACAUCUUCUCAGAGGGCAUCUUGAAACAGCUGUCAGAGGAUGGUGAGAAGCUUGUGAACGAGGAGCUGGAAAGAGCUCUCUAUGGUGUGAAGCAGAUGAGAGAAGUAAUGUGGAGGAACGAGCAGAAACACGAGCACCUCAUGAACUCGCUGAAGCACAGCGGUGACAAGAAGAAGGGGGCAGCCCAACUGGCAAAAGAUGUGACUGAGAAGCUGGAGGAGGCAGAGGAGCAGUGCAAAGACUCCCUGCAGUCAGAGUGGGAGGAAUGCAGACCCUGUCUGGAGGAUGCAUGUAAAACCUUCUACACCUCCACAUGCCGGAGGGGCUUUGCUUCUUUCCGCACUAAGGUGGAAAACUUUUUCCAAAGAGUCUCCAGACGCUUUGGUCCUAGAGAGAGACCCCUGGAAGCAGUGGACAUCUUGAUGAAUCAGGGCCCUGAUGAAUCAGAGAAGGAUGUUGUCCACAUUGAGGAUUCUUUCAAGCGAGUGUUGAGCCAGGUGGGGACACUGGUGAACCGCAGCAUCACCUUGGUGUCCAGGAUAAGCAGCAAGCUUGACGGGGCCCUUCAGAGGGCUUUUCUGAACAACACGGAUGUAGAGUCAGAAGAAAGCCCUUCUGAUCCCUACUACCCUGCUCGCGACUCAGGCUUUCUCCAGGGCGUUGGCCUGGAGGAGGUGCUGGAGUCCUUCUUUGACUUUGGAAAGAGUGUAGUGGAGGAGUUUGGUGCUGUGGUCACCCAGGUGUUUGAUGACCUUCAUAAAACUGAGAAAGAGGAAACAAAGAAAGAACAGGAAAGCUUUCGUCGCUACCUGAGGAACAGGAGGCUGUGCAAAGACCUUCGCAGGGAGACAUCAGAAUGCUGGCAGCUUCAGAGCAAGUGUGAGGCCUGCCAAGGAGCUUUGCUUACAGAGUGCCCCAGUGUUCGGGAGCUGCAUGUGGAGCUGGAUGAUGUAUCUCAGCUGCUGGAUGUCUCCAAAGAGCAAUAUGAUGAGAUUUUGUCCAUUGUCCAGCAUCAUACCGAUGAGACAGUCAAAUGGCUUAGCAACAUGGUCGCUGAAUUCAGCUGGGUGGCUCAGGCUGUGAGCAACAGCAGUGUUACUCAAAACAUCUUCCGCAUCACAAUGGUGGCACCAGAGAGCCAUGAUGAGCAGAACAUGUCUGCCACUGAAACUAAAGUGGAGGUAGAGGUCCUGAACUCUCCACCACUCAUGCUUAACAUCCCCAAGGAGCUGGAGCUGCAAGAUCCAGCAUUCAUCCAGUAUGUAGCCCAGGAGGCUCUGGACAAGUACAAGGAAAUGGUCAGGUAAGGGUUACUUAAAGGCUCAACAUUAGCCCACUUCUUUAACACAAUAGAAUGCAUAGACAUUUGACAUUACAGCUCUGUUGCUUAAAAUACAUCCUCUUUCCCAACAGGAUUGAAG